CUUUGGAGCGAAGUACAUAAAUUGUUGACUGAAGAAGAAAGAAAAAUGAUAGAAUGGACUAAAGACAAAUUGCCGGUGACUGGAAGUUGGAAUAUAUCUAACCUCAUUCCAUCAUUAGACCAUAAGAGGAAAGGUAGAGUAAUGGGACUAGCGACGAUUUUAACCGAGCAACAUGAAAUCAAAUUUGAAUUUUUGAAGGAAGGAGCAGUGGGAAGGAUUGCCAAAUUCAAAUCUGAUAUAGCAUUUGUAUCUCCAGAAAAUGAUGUCCUAAUUUUAGAGCUUGCAGAGCUAGAGUCGGAACCGAGAUUCUUUAAUCUAGUGGAAUAUAACAUUUCUGAAGAAAAGAUCCACGUGUUUGGUCAUCCUGAUGGAAUCCCACUUCAACAUGAUCCAGGAUGUACAAUCAUAGACAACGAAACAGAACUUACUGAACUAAAAAAAGAAGGAAUUGCUUUCUUUAAAAAGGAGUGGCCAGAAAAGGAGCUCGAUAUAAUAGAUGACUAUGCCCCGUGUGUUAUAUCUGAGGACAAAAUUUUAUUUCAUAGCUCCAGCAGCACUGCUCAUGGUGCUUCAGGUGCCCCUCUCACUAUCGUUGUUAAUGACACCAUUAAAGUGUACGGGAUGCUUUUAAAUGGACACCCCAAAAUAUUUUAUAAUUAUUAUAUUAAGAGAGACAUGAAACGACCUGAUCUGCUGGUGGAGUCGGGUAUCUCUAUGAGAAAUGUCAGGUCUUUACUUGAAUCCUGUUUACCAGAACUGGAAGAGGAGUUGUUCCGCAAUACAUGAUUUGUGAUUUGUUGUCCUGUUCUCUUGAUAUGUCGAAACAAAGACGAUAUGUUAUGAUAUAUGAUGAUUCCACAACAGUGUUUUGUUACUAUUUUAUAUAAAAGCAUCAUUAUUAUCAUUUGGAAUUUGAGUUUAGAUAUGCAGUUUUAAUUUGUCAUUGAUAUGUGUACAUGUUCAUUGUCCUUGUAUGGAUAUGUUAAUCGAAAAUACAAAUACAUUGACCUUGUCUGUAACAAAGGCUGAUAAUUGAGCCGUGGAAACGAUUCCUUUUUGUUACAUUUCCAAUUUCUCUGACUGGUGGAGAUCCAGCAAUGUAGUAAAAGUACUACUGUAAAAUCACUCAUUUUCCUGGGGUUUAAUUUUCGUUGUUUUUUUUUUAGCUAUACAGAGACCCAAAAAUUUAUGUCCACCACGAAAUGAAAUUUUUCACAUUUAUUACUACUUAAAAAGUCUUCAACCACGAAAAUGCAUCACGGUAAACCAAUAUAUUUUCCUCAAACCAUGAAAAAUUUACCUUUCGGAAAUAUAUGUGCUUUUACAAUAUGUUCUGUUCACCUUCGUGUGCCCUCCCAAGUGAACAGAAGGAUGGAUAUUUCUGUAUCUUGGAAAUUACAAUUGAUACAACAAAGUUUUAAAAGACUAUUUCACUUGCACCUGAUCACCUAUCAAAGAUAUUAUCUGGGGGCUUGGACUGAAGGAAAUUUAAUACGAUUGAUAAACUAGUCUGAUAUCUCGGUUGAAUUAUAGAAUAAAAAAGUUGUUUUUGGUUAAUACGAAGAUUUACUAAUUGUCGAAGUACAAUAUUCAAAUCAGCCUUCAGCCUCGGUGAAUAUUUUACUCCUCAGGUUUCUAAUUUCAAAAACAGGGUACAUAUUGACUUUAAAAAAAUAUAAAAAUGGAAAAGGAGAAUAGUUUAUAUAGUUACUUGCAGUGUGUAAAUGCAAGUAAACAUAUUUAUAUGUAUAUAACGAUAUUCGGACAAAGGACAAAUUUGUUACCAAAGUCGAAGGUAUGUAACAAUGCAAUAUGUGAAUUUUGUGAUAAAUUGAGACCGUGUUUUUUUUUCCUUCGUCCAUGUAUAUGUUAGUAAGAAAAAGAUGAUUUCUUUGUUGAGAUUUUUUCAGAGUAAGAAUUUUACAUGUACAAUGCUAUGAUACAUCAUUGUUCCACUACAGCGCUUUUUGUGAUUGUAUUAUACUACAGCAGCAUUAUAAUAAAGUGAUACAUUAUUUCUU